UCACAGUGCGACCGGUAACUCAAGCGAACUGCUGCUGCUUGCAGUGAGUGUGUGUUCUUUUUCUCGGAAAAUCGCACGAAAUAUUUUAGAGGUUCCGUUUUUUCCGUAUUCCGUCCGUUUUUACCCGUUUUCAUUAGACAAAAUAUUAGUUUUCAUUUUACCCCGGUACUUGGAGGCACAGAAAUAGCAAAGCAGCCGUUUAGGCGCUACAUUUUCUAUCCAUUGUCAACGAUUCCGAUUUACAUUGGGAAAGUGGUGCCUCACUAAUCCUUCGUCACCAUGCCGGAGCCUGUCUGUAGUCAAAGGAAAAAUGUUUUUUAGUAGUUAGUCAAAGCGUCAAGAAACCGAAGAAAGUACACUUUUCUCCGUUCGGUUACCUUCAGUACAAAGUUACGUGAAUUAUGGAAUUGGAAAUCUCAGAUGAAAAGUAGUGAAAAACGAGUGAGAGCUGCCAGCUUAGUUAUUGACAAAUCAAAAAAAAAAUCUCGGAAGAUAAUCAUUUUGCUUGCAUGCUUUUAUGCAAUUAGUGAUGCAAGGAUACAUUAUUCAUGGUUCUUGUUAACACCAUCUGAGAUAAUACAGUAAUGACUACAAAUUUAGGAUGCACUUCGUGCAAGAUUGUUUGAACUACGACUUCAUCGAGUGGGAAAUAGCAGCUUGAAGCGGAAGAACAAAUUGAAUUUAUGCGAAUCUAAAAUGGACGAUUGUCAGCGCCGAACGCAUAGAAGCAGGCAUCGUCGGGAAAGAAUUAUCGCUGGCAGCAGCAGCAGCAGCAGCAGUAGUCGGAAAAGCGUGGUGUGAGGACAUGUGUCAGUAUCAGGAUAAUAUUGAGAAGAGGAAAGGAAAAGAGAAAAGGUAUAAAAGGGUACCAGUAUCAGUGUGUGCGUGUGGUGAGUGACCGUGUCCAUGUGUUUCUGCUGCGUCCGUGCGUUGUGUUUAUCAACAUUUCAUGUGAGAACCGGUAUCACUGUUUUCACACCAGCGCUCGUGAUUUCAGCUUUCAGUGAAGAAGGGUGUCGAAGAGAAGAGCAUUAUCAAACAAACAGGCAGCAGCAGCAGCAGCAGCAGCAGUAAGUGCGGAAGUUUAAUGCGACCAAGGAAUUAGGUUGAUUGGUGUCCUCUUCCUGUCAACCAUAAAAGCUAUCGCUACUUUGAUUUUCAUAAGAUCGGACAAUCGCUAAUAAAGUUUGCUAAAUAAGUACGAGGGUGGUGCGGGUGUUUGUGGCGGGUGGUGGAUGAUUUUCGCCGUCCCUAUUUUCGGUUACAGUAAGAUAGUGCACGCGUCGUCAGAUUGGCUGGAAACCACAGACCGGGGGGGCCCGUCAAAGUGUCAGUUGUUGGAAGCGGUGGCCCUGGCAGUAAGAUUUGGCGACGAGAACGGAUAGGCAUGACGGAACCCGAUUCCGACGAUGUGGCGUUUCUUACAGGAGGUGACAGCACCAGUGGCCGACCGGUGAGAGAAGGAGUAGCUGUUUGUUCCCAGAAACGCGCACUAUGCGUGACAGCGAUUGUGUUGGGAACCCUGCUAGCUACCGCCUUGGUGAUAGCCUAUGCGGGACCACAGACCGUGUGCCCUUGUGCGGGAAAAAUUCCACCCGGUUACAUCCAGGACGGGUACAACAGUUCGGAACCAUUCCAACCGAUCGCCACCAAUGGGCAGCCGUUUCCAUGGUUGCUGCUCUCGCUACCCAACAAUGUGCGCCCGAAUCGGUACAUGCUGACUAUCCAUCCCAAUUUGACGACGCUGGAUGUUAAAGGUCAAGUGACGGUGGAGUUCUACGUUGAAAAAGAGACCAAUUUUAUAGUACUCCACGCACAGGAUUUAAACAUCACAGAGAAGGCGUUGGUAGGACCGAAAGGGUAUGCACUUAAGAUCUUACGAAUACUGGAGUAUCCACCAAGACAGCAGCUGUACAUCGAGUUGAGAGACAAACUGCGAAAGAAGGCCAACUACACGCUCAGUAUUCGAUGGUACUCAAAGAUGAUUACGGAACCGGAUGGAUUUUUCGUGGAUCAAUUCGAAACAGAGCCGGACAUUAAAAAAAUUUUGGCAGCAACUGUUCUGCGACCUGGCAGUGCUAGGAAAGCAUUUCCCUGCUUCGAUGAACCACAUUUGAGGGCCUCCUUCAGGAUAUCACUGUUUCGGGAUCGCUUCCACAUAGGUCUGUCGAAUUCGAUAGUACAGGAUACGGAUGAUGUUGGAUUUUACAUGGGCACCGGACUGCUUCGUGACGAUUUCGCUGAAACCCCUCCACUGCCACCGGACUCGAUCGCAUGGGUGAUCAGUGAUUUCAAGCGCCAAAUGUUGGAUCCAUCGCCCAUUUAUCAAACCGUUAAUGUGACGAAGGACACGCACAAGCCACUGCUGGAACCAACCAAAUCGCCGGCCAAAUUAACCAAAGCCGAGAAGAAACCUUUCCGCAAUCUAACUGCCGUUCUUCUGUCGAAGAACCUCUUCAAACUAACGAACAAUCAACCAACCACGAAACCAUCGUCGAGUGCAGCAAAUGAGACCACACCGGCCGGAGCUGUGGCCGAGAAUGUAAUUCAGGGGAAUCACUCGAAGCAGAACGGAAAUGGAACCGACACCAAUCACACGAGCGCAAACGAUGCUCUGGAUAUCAAGACGGCACCGGCCUAUUCUUUCUAUGCACCUAAACCCUGCGUAGACAAGGGCAAUUUUGUGCUGCACACGUCCAGAGAUAUCCUGGAGUAUCUGCAACAGUGGCUAGGUGUGGCAUACCCACUGUCAAAGCUGGACUUUAUCGCACUGCCAACACUAAAUAGUGAUCUAACGAGUGCACUCGGAUUGAUUGUUUGUCGGACGUCGUUCCUCAAUUCGCCAGAGAACGUGUCCACCAAAGAGUACCACAUGUCGGUUGUAAAGAUUUCCGAAGGAAUUGUGAAGCAAUACUUCGGAGGAUUGAUUUCUCCGAAAGCUUGGAAACACGUUUGGCUCUGGGAAGGAAUCAUCAAGUAUUUAAGCAGAUUCAUUCUAUCUCCGAUUCGGCCAUUGUGGCCGAUGAAUGAACUUUUCUUGAUUGAAACGACGACAAGAGCACUGGAUGUUGAUGCCUUGCAAGGCUGGGAAAGUGUCCACGCCGGAACGACCGAAAGUGGCAACAACGAAGCAUUCUACAUAGACAAAUCUGCUUCGAUGCUGGCCAUGCUACAAUCAGCCAUCGGUGAAUCUCACUUCCGUCAGUGCUUGGGAAAAUUUCUGAAAACUUUCAAGUAUCAAACAGCGGAACCAACCGACCUGUGGUCCAUUUGUUCCAAGCAAGUCAACAACAGUAAGAACGUUAAAGAGAUGAUGAACUUUUGGACGAAUUUACCGGGAUUUCCGCUGCUAAAUGUAACACGGCAAGGUGACGAACUGCACGUUACCCAGAUACCGUUUGCUCCGGCCGAAUUCGUAGCUAUCUACGAUGAUCUUAACGAAGAGGAGAAUGGUACCAUGACGACUACCACGACGACAGUGGCUCCGACGACCGCCACCGGUAAGGAUAAGAAACGAACCCGCUGGACGUUCCCGAUCAGUUAUGUUACCAGCAAUAGCGAACAGCUGCCGGAAACGAUAUGGUUCAACACGACCGGAACUAUUAUAACAAUCAAUCACUCUCCGAAAUGGGUAAAGUUGAACCAUGAGCAAACCGGAUACUAUCGGGUUCUGUACGACGAUGAUAAUUGGGUUAAACUGGUGGAGCAGCUACACAUCAAUCAUCACAUCUUCAAUACACAGGAUCGCGUCGGCCUAGUAUCGGACAUCUUCACCCUAUGUCACGCCAAUCUGUUGUCGUGUGACUUCGCCAUGGAUUUGAUAUCGUACUUCCCGAAGGAACAGGACUGGGGUCCUGUGCUGGUGGGUUUGAAGCAUCUGGAAAAAUGGCGCAAAAUCCUGAAAUACUCCGAAUGCUAUCUGGUUCUGGCCGAGUACAUCCGACAGAAUCUGGCAAAAUCGAUACAGGAACUAACGUGGAACGAUACCGGAAAGGAAGAGCUGAAACUGCUUCGACCGACGGUGCUGCUGAACGCGGUACUCUGGGAGGAACCGGAUGCGAUCCGAAACGCCAAGGAGCUGAUGAACGAUCAGACGAAUAUCCCACCAAACUUGCGAUCGGUGGCCUACAUUGGUUCGGUACUGUCGGGAGAGAUUCGCUAUUGGCAGGAUUGUUGGGCACUGUACAACGUGAUGCGUAAGGAGAACGAUGUUGGUUCCGAAGAGCGAAUGGAACUGCUCAGAGCACUGGGAGUUACGAAGGAUGCCUGGCUACAGAAUCGACUACUAUCGCACGUGAUCACACUGCCAGUGACGGAGAUAGUGCAGGUUUUGGAAGCGAUAGCCGGAACCCCGACGGGAGGAGCGAUGGCCUGCCGGUUCUUGCAGGCCAAGUGGUUCGACUUUCAGUCUAAACUCGGAAGAGGAAGUGUCGACUUUGCCCGUGUGAUAUCCGCCAUUACGCAGUACGGUUCGACCAAGUUCGACUAUGACGAGCUAAAAUCCCUGGUGGAACGCUUCGGAGGUGGACCGGGAAUGAAGAUUCUCAAUAUGACUCUCAGCAUGGUCGCGUCAAACGUAGAAUGGGUCAGCCGUUCGCAGUCAUCCAUCUACAACUGGAUCGAGAAGAAGUACCACUUUUGAUAAGUCACAACAAUCCAAACAACACACACACAACCAAAAGGAAUUUUACUGAAACAAAGCGAUCAGUUCGCAGCAGCAGCAGCUAGGUGUACCCGUGUAGCAGAAAUUGGACACACAAAACAAUGAUAUACAUAAAUCUAUUUUUUUAGUUUUUCUUUUCGAAUCUUUAGGCAGACGAUCGGUGAUGAUGAGCUAAGUCAGUAGUAGUCAGCUAAGCAAACACAAAAUGAAAACUUACACGUGCGGGCGAGAAAGUAUGAUUGUUAUGAAUUAUGAGACAGCGCGCGAAAAAACAGAUGUCAUCAUGAAGGGUGAAAAAAUCAGCAUGCAUUUAUUGGUAGUACAAUCUCCGGCAGUAGAAUUUUUUUGUAGUCUUAUCCAGGAAAAACAGACCAUCUCUUCCAAACUGUUCGGUACAGUCGUUCGAGGUUCUUAAAGAGUAACACUGUUUUGUUCCAACUGUGUUUCAAUAGCAGCUACCACCAGCAAGCCUUUUCGUUUGCAUCUUGGUUUGCAAUUGCAAUUUGCCUAAAAACAAAAACCAUCAAAAUAAAAACGUAAAACAACUAUAAAAGGCAGGACUGAUUUGUAUCAUAACGUAACCAUAAUACAAGUUUAUUAUCUAUUAGUGUAGCGCUCGUAUAAAGAAAGACGUAGAUGGAUGAUCAUUUAAUGGAUUGUAGAGUAGAUCAGGUUCAAUAUGUAAGACUAGUUCGUUUCGAUAGAAGUGUACUCGAUUUUUUUUUGAUUUCUACUAUUCAGCACAAGACAGAAGUCACGGACAAGCGUCAAUUGUCUGUGAUCAAGAAAUGGAUUUGAGUAUUACCCCUGUCCGUGUUCUAUCCACAGAGUAGUGGGCAUUUAUUUUUUCAUCAUACAUUAAUCGAAAUGAAAAGGAUUGGUUUGAUUUUGUACGCGUGUACAUAAGAAGAGAUCAUGCAAACAAAAACAAAAAAAAACAAGCUCGCAAUGCUCCAACAAUAAUUUCCUACUACGUAAUAUCACGUGACAUGAAAUGAGGGUGCAGCAUAUUUGGUGGACUGGUGUGUGAUAUCUAUAAUUUACGGUGCUCCGGUUGAGUGGAGGCAAAUGAAGAAAAAAAAACAAGAAACAGUAUUAAAAUCAGAAUCUCUAUUCUCUAUACCUAUAGGGGCAAAGUCGUUUCUCAGAUAUAUUUACGUUACGGAAAUUGGAAGUUACCAGAAGGAGGAACGUUAUGUGACGAAUGGAUGACGGAAAAAAAAUACGGACAAAAUACAUUGCGAUUUAAUGUUCGGUAUCAGAGUAUACUAUAAUUACAUUUGUUGGUUCUCUCUUUUCCCGUUCUAAACAUUUCCCCCUCACUCACUACAAAUGAAAAACUCUAAACUACUAACUCUCUAAGUCAGACGGAUGCUCUCCUCAAUGCAAAGUAACAAAAAUCAUUCUCGCAAUAUCUGUAAUAGAUUUUUACAAACUUUAAAUGCUCAUUGUAACUUGUGUAGCAAUAUCUAUAUAAUACGUUUCAAGUAAAACAAAAAAAGCAUAUUAUAAACUUAGUUCAUAAUUGAAUACGCUUAUUAAACGCAUUAACAUACAGUUACACAUAUACCAACCAAACACACUAAUACGGACGAGUAUUCUGCAAUUCAGAGAAAAAUAUUUUUUCAGUUAUUUCGAGUAAACAAUUCUAGAGGCUGGAUAUCAAUCAACAGAACAGUACUGAACAGGUGAAAGGGAGGGAGUCAAGUCAGCAUUUUGUGUGCGCUAAGUUUGUGCCAUAUUGUUACUGUACAUGCAAACAAAACAAAAAACAAAACAAAAACAAGAUCACAUCCAGUUGUCAAAACAAUGAUGUUCAGUACUUAUAAUCAGUUGUACUACAAAUAUGUGAGAAGAGUAGUUUGUUUCGACGUCAAAAAAAAAAUAACAGAGAAGAAACGUUUAGCAGAACAGAAGCUAAGAUGGUCAAACAACAAACCGGGAAACCCCAAAAAAAGCGUGUCGUAAAAAAUAGUGUGUCAAAACCCAAACAAAAAAAAAGAAAGUUAAUAAAACACUUCAAUCUGUAA